AGAAAAAGCGCGCGCGACGCCUGCAUUCGUCAGUCGCACCAGGGUCGCCAGAGGGGUCGGACCGCUAUCUAGUCAUUGUAUUUUUUAAUAUUACCACAUUACAAUCAAAAGGUCAUUAUGAAAGUGUUCAUCGUGUUAGCAGCGGCCGCAGCUCUUGCGAGCGCCCAAUUCAAAUGUCCAGCCAAGGAUGGUCAAUACGAAGAUGACAGACAGUGCGACAAGUUCUACGAGUGUGUGGACGGUGCUGCAACCACCAAACUUUGCCCCGACGGCCUUGUGUUCGACCCUACCAUCAGGAAGAUCAACAAAUGUGACCAACCCUUCAAUGUAGACUGCGGCGACAGGACCGAACUUCAGCCACCUAAGCCAUCACCUCUGUGCCCACGCCGCAACGGUUUCUUCGCACACCCCGAUCCCUCCGUUUGCAAUGUAUUCAUGAACUGCAUUGAAGGAGAAGCCAUCGAAGUCAAAUGUACAGCUGGUCUUCAUUUCGACGAGUACUCUGGCACUUGCGUGUGGCCUGAUGCAGCUGGAAGAUCUGGCUGCGCCGAAACCGAAAAAAAAACCAAGGACGGUUUCGAAUGCCCUAAGAAUCAACAAGUCGACCCUCAGGGUCAGGCUGUAGCCCAUCCCAAGUUCCCUCACCCCAACGACUGCCAACGUUUCUACGUUUGCUUGAACGGCGUUGAACCCCGUGACCUCGGAUGCACUGUCGGAGAGGUUUACAACGAAGAGAGUCAAAAGUGUGACGCGCCCGAGAACGUACGCGGAUGCGAGGACUGGUACAAGGACGCCGAAGACGCACCACCAGCCCCUAAAGGCAGAUCUUAAACUAGUGAUAAAACUACAUUAAUUACACCUAAGACUUAAUAAGUUAAUAUUAUAUAAGACAAAAAAUAAUAA